CUUGAACUUCAUUUCACCACUGCUAAGGCAACAUAACAAACCCUUGACAAUUUAAAACUACAUCACCGCAAUUUAAGUGCAAGGAUUUUAGUGUAUGUGUAAAAUGUUGUGAUUAUAUCAUUUAAAAUAAAAACUGUGCUUGUUGGUGCUCUUAAAUUAAAUCAAGCGUUCAAAAUGAAGACUAAAAUGCAAACGAUAUGGCUACUAGUCACCAUUUUGAUUAUCAAUAAAGUUUGCUGUCAAGAUGGACUCAGUGACCAAGAUUUUUAUCGGCUUCAACAAUACUCUAAUAAUGAUGCUCAAACUGAAGCUGUUACCGGUUAUAAUACUAAUAUUAUGCAAAGAGAACAACACAAUCAACCAAUGACUUCUGUUGGUGUACAAUACUUAAGCGACGAGAACAAUGGGGAUUAUAACCGAGGAGAUCGUAGUAAAGGUAGAAAAGUUUACAGGAUAAAAAAUCCAUUUCAACAACAACAGGAGGAAGAUACGCCAUCUCAAGAUAGCAACACCCAAGACAGUGAAACUGGAGCUAGUAACCAGUAUACGGCUAUGCAAUAUUCCCUACCACCUGAAGAUUUCUUGCAACGAAUGCGUGCAGAAAGUCCAUACAACCAGCAACAACAGUUAAGUACUCCAGUUUCAGCGUCACCCUAUUCAGCUACCCCACAACCGCAGUAUCAAUAUUCGACAAUUCAACCUUCGAAUUAUGAUAUAAAUCAACAAUCUAAUCAGAUAUCGUCUCUCGAACCGAAAGCAUAUACACCAGUUUAUCAAUCGAAUAUAAAUUCAUUUCAGUACAGUAACCCGAAUUUAUAUAGUUUGGAUAAUGCACAUAGUACACCCAUUCCACCCUAUAUGUCUACCCCAUUACCAAAUACUCAGUACUUAGGGACUCCUGUAAAUACCUAUGUAUCAAGUUCGUCUCCGAUUUACCUAUCUAGCCCUCAAAAUGUGCAACAGUAUAUGUCUUCUCCUAACACAAAUACUCAAUCAGGAGUUUUGGAUUACAAUAAUAACAGAGUAACUACUAUAGGUAGCAACUAUGAAACCAAUAAUGAUAUAAAUAAAAGGAGGCAAAUUGAUCAUUAUGACAAUUCCGCCAUAGGAGUAAGAUAUCCCACAAAUAUUCAAAAUCAAUAUCAAAAUCAAAAUGAUUAUACACCAUCAACAGUCACACCUACUAUAUCGACUUAUUCCGAAUCGUGGCAAAAUUCUAUGAAUACUGGCUAUAACGCAUUGUCGAAAUCAGAAAAUGAGUAUCUGCAAACACAAUAUCAAAAUUUAAGAUACAAUAAUAACCAGAAAGACAGACAAGAAACAAACUCAGAAGGAUCUAAUAGUGAUACACAUCGUAUCGGCAGUAUGCCCUCCGCCAAUAAUGUAUAUUUAAAUUAUAUUCAACCUGAUUAUCAAUUUUAUAGUAACAUUAAAAGUCAAAGUAGGGAUUCUGAACCAGAGACAAGUAAAUCAGAAGUUUAUUCACAUGGUGACUAUGGAUGGAAAUUGUCUGAUAAAAAAUCAUAUGAGCCAGAUAUAUCUACUAAAAAUAAUUAUUUUAAAUAUCAAAUACAUAGUGUGCAACCGGAUUCCGGCGCGGUAAGCCAAGUGAGUUUCCAAAUGGACUCUAGCAAACCUUAUAAUUAUGAACCAAAUGCUAAGGCUGUAACGGAAAAUAAAUUAGAAUCAGAAGAUUUUGCUAGAGCAGCUGCAAAAGCACACGAAAAGUACAAACAACAACUAGAAGCUGGUAAAUAUAUAUCAAAUUCUCAAUAUAACAAUAAUGGUUUAAGCAAUUCGUUUGGUGUCAAUUCGUAUUAUAAUAAUGAUAACAUAAAACAAAAUAACAAAUUGUAUAAUUCUAAUGUUUAUGGAAAUUCACAAUCAGAAUCCGUUACGUCAACACCAUUUUAUUACAUAAAUUCUAGGGACACUUUAGAUAGUAGAACGAAACAACCUUUUGACCACGAUAAAGCUUUAAAAAAUAUCGUUUCUAUUGACAUGUCCAACGUUGUUCAAAAUUCAGAUUCAUCUGCAAAGACUGAUACUGAUACAAGUAACAGAUUUAAUUUUUACGGACACAAUAAAGAUACCGAUGAACAAAACUUUAAACAGUAUUCAAGGCCGGGUGAUUCAUUUUACGGAGAUAAAAACAAUAUUUAUACGAUUAAAUCAAAACCAGAUGAUUAUAUAAGUUUGGAUAAACUUAAACAAUUAGAAUAUGGAAAGCAUCAAUUGGCCGAAUCGUUUUAUAAUCUUGGGUCAGGAAAUAAACGUUUUGUAGACGAAGCGACACAAAACUUUGCAAAGCAGAUAUCAAACAAUCAAGAUAAUGCUCAAUCAUCAGGAAAUAUUAAUCAACAAGGUUUACAGAACUCGCAAAUAUCAUCCGAUAUUGCCAAUAUAUUAAAAUUUAAUGACAUACCGUACCGCUUAACACAAAGCUUAAAUUCUAAUUCGCAAUAUCUUCGUAACAACAACUUUGAUCAAAGUAAUAUUCCAUCACCUUUGCCUGUACGAAUCAAUCAAAAUGUAGAUAAUCAUCACAUAGAUGUUACAGCAGAAAUUCUUAGUAAAUUGAUGUCAAAUAAUAAACCAACUAACUUUAAAAUUAACAGACCUGAUACUGAUUCGCAGUCUGGUAAUUUAAUAUCAACAAUAAAUGGUUUUAAAGUUGCUAAUCCAUUCAACGUUGAUCUCAAAUUAGUUGCAGAUAUGUUAAAAGGAAAAACGGCCAUUGAUGAGAGUCAGAUGACAUCAUUUCGGGAAAUUAAUAAGCCUUUACCUAUGAAACUGGAUAUUUCGCAAUUACAGGAACUUCUUCAGCUCAAAAACAAUCAUAACGCUAUGGCCCUUAAUAAUGGUCUUAAUUCAUUUAGUAAUUCCUUUUUUGACGUUUAUAAUAGUGGGCGACCUCCUUACCAAGGUGUUAAAUAUUCACGAAGCGAAGAAGAACCAGAAAACAUUCAAAUAGCAGACUCUUCGAAUAAUCAUCCAAUAGGAGCAGUUAUAGAACAAGACGAUGUAGUUGCUGGAGAAAUAAUAUCUGAUGGUUCUGAAUCGGCAGAGGAUAGUAAUUCAUCGAAUUCAGACGACGAUAGACCAAAAAAUGCCCUUAUUAGUUCUGGUCAUAGAGGUUCAGGAGACAGGCAUAGACAGAUGAGUACAUACUCUAGUCGUUAUUCCUAUAAACGGAAAUAUCCUAAGUCAGAAUUUGAGGAACCGUACCCACUUCUUAAGCCCCCUCCUCCUCACUCUUCACGUCAUCGCCAAGUACAGAAAGUGGAAAAAAGCCGACGACGAAGAGUGAUAAAACCUAAAAUGCUAAGAGUUUUUAAAACUGAACCUUUAUAUGAAGCUGGUACUUCUAUAGAAGAUGAUAUAAAGACGACACAUUUAAAACAUGUACAUUUGAUGGCAGAGGAUAAAUCAGAUACAUUAAAUGAAGAAGAGACAGUCUAAUUCUUUAUUUAUAUAAUAAGAUUUUCUAA